UUUACUGAUUUAAUUUCCUUUGUUUUAUCAAACCUUGUUUGUUUGCACUCAUUGCUAAAACAAGAACGAUCGAACAUAUGGCAACCAAGUUUGCUCAUGCACUCACUUUAUUUGUUCUAGUGGCCUCAAUGCUUUCAAUGAGCAUGGCCAAUAAGGAUUGGUCCUUUGGUUCUAAUUCUAACUACUCUGAUUGGUGGUCCAGAUUCCGCAACCGUCACCAAAACAAGACAGAACAAGAACCCAGAAAGAUCAUUGUGGGUGGGUCUGAGGGUUGGCACUUCGGUUUUAACUACACAGAUUGGGCUUUCAAGAAUGGCCCAUUUUACCUUAACGAUACACUAGUGUUCAAGUAUGAUGCUCCAAACGCUACCAGUUUCCCACACAGCGUGUACAUAUUUCCAAACUUGUGGAGUUUUUUGAAUUGUGAUGUGAAGAGUGCUAAGAUGCUGGCAAAUCCCACACAAGGUGGAGGAGAGGGCUUUCAUUUCGUGUUAAAUAGGUGGCAGCCUUAUUUCUUUGCCUGCGGUGAGAGAAAUGGUUUCCAUUGCAACAGUGGACAGAUGAAAUUUGCUGUGAUGCCAAUAAUUCGUCCCUUCUGGCCAUGGCCAUGAGAAAAUUAUUAAUUAAUGCAUACAAAAACAAGCUAGCUAGUGCUUGAUUUAUUAUACUUUUUCCCCCAUUAUAUAUACACCCCAGCAAAUAAAGCAAGUUGUAUUGUUAAUUUGUUCUAUUUAUACUUUUUCAAGAUACUAACUAAUGUGAUGCAUUUUGAAAUAAUGAUGUUAUAGGGAUAUAUAGGAUGAAUAAAUGUUGAAGCUAGCUUCUUUUUAAUGUUUCUGCAGUGUUAACAGAUGUAACUUUCUACAUAGUAUACAUUGAGAGGCUUUGUAGUUGUGCAGUUGUGCACUUUUAAAUUAAUUGAUGGUU